UGAAAAUUGAAAUAUAACACGAAAUAGACGACAAAGGAAUUGUGGACACAUGAAAAUUAAGGAUACAAUUUUCCGAAUUGAGUUUCUCGAGAUAUCACUACGCCGCCCCAAAAACCUGACUGGAGAGGAACUCUUUGCUUCUAUAACGAAACGUGUCAUAGAUGGCGCAUCGAUGUUCGUGCUUGCUCCUGAGACUCUUUCUGGUUGUAAUAGUAAUCUGUCAUGUAGCAGCUCAGUGUGAAACAGAUGCAGAUUGCUCUACUAGAAAAUGGUGCACCAGUAAAAAUGUAUGUAGGAAGAAAAAGGGCCUGGGAGUGGCCUGUGAGAGACCAGAAAGCUGCAAACCGUCUCUGUUCUGCCAUACAGAAACAUUCACAUGCGUGAGUUGUGAAUUCAAUGAACAUUGCACUGAUCCAACGAAGCCAGACUGCAUAAACACAUUUUGUGGAUCACAUCCAACAUGUGUGAGGGAGUCAGACUGCGAUCAGUACCAUAAUUUACAAUUGUGCGUAGAUGGACUUUGUGUUGGUGGAAUACGCACAACAACUACUACAACAACAACAACAACGACGACAACCACCACCACCACGCCACCAACAACAACGACGACGUCCACAACAACGACGCCCACGACGACGACGACGCCAACUACAACGACGACGACGCCAACUACAACGACGACGACACCUACCACAACGACGACGCCAACAACAACGUCGACGACGCCUACUACAACGACGACGACGCCUACCACAACGACGACGACGCCAACAACAACGACGACGACGCCUACUACAACGACGACGACGCCUACUACAACGACGACGACGCCAACAACAACGACGACGACACCUACUACAACGACGACGACGCCAACAACAACGACGACGACGCCUACCACAACGACGACGACGCCAACAACAACGACAACGACGCCUACCACAACAACGGCGUCUACUACUACACCGACUCCAUGCCAAAGUAACUCAACCUGCAAAGAAAUCCAUCAUGCUUUUAUUUGCGUUGAUUUCAUGUGUGUGAAAGGCGACCCUCAUAUCCGGCAGAAGAUAAAAGGAACAGACAAGCACCUAUGUUACGAUGUAUUUGGGGAACCAAAUCAAGUAUAUGAGUUUCUGAGUGAAAAAGCCACAGGUACACGAGUAAGAGCUAAAUUCAUAAAUGGUGAUACGACACUAAAAUCUGGAUCCCUGGCGAAGUAUAUUGGUGAACUACUUAUAGAAACCAACACUGUUACCAUUUACGCCACUAGAAGUGAUAUAUUGUUCACAUCUGGCUCAAGACAAACGCCACGCUACGUGCACACGUGGGAGAAAGACGUGCUGUCAUUUAAUGGCUCAGACCAGGUGAAAGUGAGGGUAUACAGGUCUGAGAUGGACAUACAAAUAGGGGAUCUUGUCCAUCUAGUUGUAAUGAAGCAUUUGACUCAUCUUGACUUCAUGAUCGGUGAGGUUCAGAAACUAGCUGACAAUGCAGCAGGGAUUAUGGGUACGGUGUCGUCCCAGGGUUUAUUCAUCCCUUCCGAAUUCUCGUACAAGGGCACAGUCCAUGUGGCCGACUACAGCGUCACUGUUAACUGGAGUCACUCACUUAACUGCUGGACAAUACCUGAAAAUGCCCGGGGAUUUGAUGAACUCUUGGGCAGAUUUUUGCAAAAAUGUUUUUGGUAUUAAAAGAGCUAAUACAGUCAUUGUAGAUCAUCAGUUGAACUUUGGAAAGAUUUUCUUGUUAUCACUUUGGAAAAAUGGAUGGCUGAUGCACAGUGUUCCAUUAUUCUGUAAAACAGAUGAAAAACAAUAGAAUUAUCAUAUAAUACCUUGGUACAUGUACAUAUUAGAUAAACAAAUGUAUAAAUAAAAAUUGAGUGUUUGGAAAGAACCGA